GUGUGAGGAAGAAGAUGUUUCCAUGACUGAUGAAGCACGAGACGUUUUAACAAAAAUUGGAGUGGAAACUUCGCUGAGAUAUGCUAUUAAUCUAAUCACUACAUCUCACCUUGUCGCAAAAAAACGCAAAGCAACGACUGUAGAUGCAAAUGAUGUCAAACGUGUAUAUAAAUUAUUUUUGGAUGAAAAAAGAUCUGUGAAUUAUUUGAGAGAAUAUCAGGAGCAAUAUAUGUUCAAUGAAAUUCCAGCGGAUGAAGAAAUGGAAGGCGUGGAAAACAUAGAGUCUAUGGAAUCUUAA